CCCACGCAGACGCCAUGGCUGAGCCCCUGAAGGAGGACGACGGCGAGGACGGCUCCGGAGAGCCCCCCGGGCCGGGGAAGGCGGAACCCACCGGCCCCGCCGCCUCCGUGGCGGCCAAGAACCUGGCCCUGCUGAAGGCGCGCUCCUUCGACGUGACCUUUGACGUGGGGGACGAGUACGAGAUCAUCGAGACCAUCGGCAACGGGGCCUACGGGGUGGUGUCCUCCGCGCGCCGCCGCCUCACCGGCCAGCAGGUGGCCAUUAAGAAGAUCCCUAAUGCUUUUGACGUGGUGACCAAUGCCAAGCGGACCCUCAGGGAGCUGAAGAUCCUCAAACACUUCAAGCACGACAACAUCAUUGCCAUCAAGGACAUCCUGAGGCCCACUGUGCCUUAUGGCGAGUUCAAAUCUGUCUAUGUGGUUCUGGACCUGAUGGAGAGUGACCUGCACCAGAUCAUCCACUCCUCGCAGCCAUUGACGCUGGAGCACGUGCGCUACUUCCUGUACCAGCUGCUGCGGGGCCUCAAGUACAUGCACUCGGCUCAGGUCAUCCACCGCGACCUCAAGCCCUCCAACCUGCUGGUGAAUGAGAACUGUGAGCUCAAGAUCGGGGACUUUGGCAUGGCCCGAGGCUUGUGCACCUCGCCCGCCGAGCACCAGUACUUCAUGACCGAGUACGUGGCCACGCGCUGGUACCGUGCCCCCGAACUCAUGCUCUCGCUGCACGAGUACACGCAGGCUAUUGACCUGUGGUCUGUGGGCUGCAUCUUUGGGGAGAUGCUGGCCCGCCGCCAGCUCUUCCCAGGCAAAAACUAUGUGCACCAGCUGCAGCUGAUCAUGAUGGUGCUGGGUACCCCGUCGCCAGCCGUGAUUCAGGCCGUGGGGGCUGAGCGGGUGCGGGCCUACAUCCAGAGCCUGCCGCCACGCCAGCCUGUGCCCUGGGAGACGGUGUACCCGGGUGCCGACCGCCAGGCCCUCUCCCUGCUGGGGCGCAUGCUGCGUUUUGAGCCCAGUGCCCGCAUCUCAGCAGCUGCCGCCCUUCGCCACCCCUUCCUGGCCAAGUACCACGACCCCGAUGAUGAGCCUGACUGCGCCCCGCCCUUUGACUUUGCCUUUGACCGCGAAGCCCUCACACGGGAACGCAUUAAGGAGGCCAUCGUGGCCGAGAUCGAAGACUUCCACGCACGGCGCGAGGGCAUCCGCCAGCAGAUCCGCUUCCAGCCUUCCCUACAGCCUGUGGCCAGUGAGCCCGGCUGCCCCGAUGUUGAGAUGCCCAGUCCCUGGGCUCCCAGCGGGGACUGUGCCAUGGAGUCCCCUCCGCCGGCCCCACUGCCAUGCCCUGGCCCUGCGCCCGACACCAUCGAUCUGACCUUGCAGCCGCCCCCGCCGGCCAGUGAACCAGCCCCUCCAAAGAGGGAGGGAGCCAUCUCAGACAACACCAAGGCUGCCCUCAAGGCCGCCCUGCUCAAGUCCUUGCGGAGCCGGCUCCGAGAUGGCCCCAGCGCCCCCCUGGAAGCUCCCGAGCCUCGGAAGCCGGUGACAGCCCAGGAGCGCCAGCGGGAGCGGGAGGAGAAGCGGCGGCGACGGCAGGAGCGAGCCAAGGAGCGGGAGAAGCGGCGGCAGGAGCGGGAGCGCAAGGAGCGGGGGGCCGGGGCCUCCGGGGGCCCCUCCGCCGACCCCCUGGCCGGGCUGGUGCUCAGCGACAACGACCGCAGCCUGCUGGAGCGCUGGACUCGCAUGGCCCGGCCCCCGGCCCCCGCGCCCAUGCCCCCCGCAGCCCGGCCCCGCAGCCCGCCGGCGGGCCCUGCAGCCCAGCCCGCGGGCCCACCGCCGCAGCCUGCCUGCCCACCCGCUGGGCCUGCGCCUGCUGCACCCCAGACCGCCGCCUCCUCCGGCCUCCUGGCCCCCCAGUCGCUGGGGCCACCCCCUGGGCUGCCUGGCCCCAGUGCCCUGAGCGUUCUGCCUUACUUCCCCUCUGGCCCACCCCCUCCAGACCCCGGGGGGGCCCCUCAGCCCUCCACCUCCGAAUCACCCGACGUCACCCUGGUGACCCAGCAGCUGUCCAAGUCGCAGGUGGAGGACCCCUUGCCCCCCGUGUUCUCCGGCACCCCAAAGGGCAGUGGAGCGGGCUAUGGCGUUGGCUUUGACCUGGAGGAAUUCCUAAACCAGUCUUUCGACAUGGGCGUGGCUGACGGGCCACAGGACGGCCAGGCCGACUCAGCCUCGCUCUCAGCCUCCCUGCUUGCCGACUGGCUCGAGGGCCACGGCAUAAACCCUGCCGACAUCGAGUCCCUGCAGCGUGAGAUCCAGAUGGGCUCCCCCAUGCUGCUGGCUGACCUGCCUGACCUCCAGGAGCCCUGAGGCCCGCAGGCUGUGCCUUGCUGCCAGGGGCAGACCCAGCUCCAAGAUCCGCAGGACCGUUCCCGAGGGCUGGAGCCCCGGGCCUGACAGCGGAAGCUCAGCUCGGGUUAUUCUGCAGCCAGGACCCUGGGUGACACAAGGUCUUUGGUUUUGUCCUGAAAGCCCAGCAGCCUGUGGAGUGUCUCAGACCACAGCUGAGGACGAGACGCCCACAUCUCCCGCAGCAGAGGGUGACUUUCGGGGGGACACAGGCCAGCGCAUACCCCCGUGAAGGCAGCGGUGAACAGACACACAACCUCAGCCGUCCUGGAGCCAGAGGGGAGAACCUGAGAAGGUGCCGUGAUGACAGCCCACCUUCCUGUCCCCCGUGUUGGAAUUUUGGCUUCUCUACUCCUUUCCUGACCUUCAGCACAUGUCAUUGGGCCGCCCCAGGCCGUGGAAGCUUCUGUGAGAGGAGGCCAUGUGACUCUGACUGCUGUCUGUUACAGCAAAACUCAGCAAUUCUCUGGACGGCUGUCCCUCGGGGACGGGUUGCAGGCCCAGUUAAGUGCCACCCCAAGCAGCCACGUCUCCUGCAGUCCGUCUGUGUGGGCAAAGCGAUGGUUCCGGAACACAAAUCCCCUCACACACCUCCUGCUUCGAAUCGUUUACGGUUCCCAUUGUCAUGCAAGGAAAGCCUGAAAUCUGCCCCAUGCCCCUCCGAUGUCUGUGCUCUGCUGACCACCACCUCGGUCCCCGGACCCUGCCCUACUCCCCAGCACUGAGCCCAGCCCGGCCUCUGCACAGGCUGCUCCCGGUGCCUGGAACACCCACCCUCACCCAGCACCUUUCACGAAGGGGGUUAACUCCCACCCAUCCUGCAAGACUGAGCCCCAGCGGCCCCAAGUCUGGGUGAGGCCCAGACUUGGGGCCUCAUCCAGUUGGAUGGUCGCCCCACGCCCAAGCCUGUUUCCCAGCUCAAGAUGCCAGGGCUGUCUCUGUGCUGUGGGAAUCAGUGAAGGCAGCUCUUGGCAAGACAUCGUGACCCUAAGUUGCUAAGCAGGAAUUCCACACCAUGCUUGGCUUCAACUUGGUCUUUAUUCGAAGCUAGAAGAUGGCAGCCAAACAGGGCACCUCCCUCCAGCUCUGUCAUCCCACGGCUCCGGGACCCGCUCCUCCUUCCCCCGACGCGGCCCGACCGGGUCUCUGAUGUUCACACGAGGCGGCCUGGCACAGGCGCGCCUUGCCCUCGGCAGAGAGCGUAUCACUCAGGAGUCGUCUAGAGACCCUUCUUCCUCCCCUGCUCGACUGGAGGCACCCCAAGUGUUCACCAGCCUGUACUCAGGGCCAGCGUCCUGCCGGGUGUAACGUGCUCAGUGAAUACCUGUCCUCUGGACGGAGAAGCGGAUGUGGGGCCGCGUGACCGAGGAAACCCACUUGGCCUCGAAGGAGAGCAGUGGACACGGCCCUGAACCCCGCCCAGUGAGGCUUUGCUCUCAACCCCUCGAGGGCUCGAGUCUCUGCUUUGAUUAAGAGGCGCUCCGGUCCCCGGCAAGCAAGGCCCAGCCCGGGCUGCAGGGACAUCCCCGCCUGCUGAGGGUGGUCUCGCCUGACGGCCUCCAGGGUAGGAGUCCCACCCCACCCCCCUGCGUCCUGGUUUAAGAAUAACUCUUAACCCCCGGCAAGUGGCUUUCCAUAUGUAAUCGUGACCCCUCAGAGCUCAGAGAAGUGAAAGGCAGCACCUGGGGCCCUGGCUCGCAGGGAUCAGCUGGGAGUUGAGCCGGCUCAGCCCGGCUCCCGAGCCCGUCACGGGUCAGGUCCACAAGCCACAGGCCACCUGAGGGCAAGAUCACGUCCAGGCGGGAGGGGCGGCCCCUGAGCUGGGCCUGCGAGGGUCUCAGGAGGGAUGGGGGCCCCACUGCAGGCACCGGGCGAAGGUGUGGAGGUGGGGGAGGGAGGGCUGCCGAGGAAGGUUCAGGCCCUUGGAUGCGGACCAGGAACUUCGGCUUUCGAUCCAGUGGAAGUAGGGAGCCAUGGCAGGUGUUUGAGCAGCAAGGGGUCGGCUGUGCCCAGGGGUCUGGGCUGGCAGCGAACUGGGGGGUGGAUGGGAGGAGCCCGGGUGAGAGGCAGUUAGAAGGGCCAGGGGUAACUGUCACAAGCUUGAAGGAGGGUGAAAGUCACUGGAGGAGGAAGACACCAGGGGACACGCAGCCGACGUCAGAGCAGCCCAGGGUGCUGAGGAAAGCCGCAGCUGGGACAACCUGAGGGAGGGACGUGCAGGCCACAGGCAGUGGGGUGGCAUCACGGGCCCCGCACUUGGCAGGUGCCCAGUACAGAGACCAUCCAUGGGAGGAAGGAGGCCAUCGUGGCUCUAGGUCAGCACAGGUCAUACUCUCUCCCCGUUCCCACAGCCCUGCCUUCUGCACCCCCUGCCCGGUGGCCCCGGAAGAACCCCGCUGGGCCAGCAGGGGCAGUGCCAGCCUAGUCCCGUGUCUACCGCGCACCCAUGUGGCUUCCUCCCCAUCCACCCUCCCCCUCCCUGUCCUUAUCUUUCCCUCCCGUCUCCAUGGCGACUCACCACCCCGGCUUGCCUGCAUCCCAGCCUCUGCCAGGGAUUCUGGGCCCGGCUCCGUCCCUCCCUCCGGAGCCCUGGUUCCCGCAGUCCUGUCUCCUCCCCCUGGGGUGAGUCCAGAGGCAGCCUCCUCUCUCCCGACUGUCACAUCCAUUUUCCAGCCCUGCCGACUUGUGUCCUCUGGGGAGACCCCCCCAGCCUCCACUGGCCACAGCUCCGCCAGCCCUUCCGGGAGGAAAGCCAUCCUCAGCGCCGCCAAAGGUCUCCUGGGUGUCCUCCCUGCUCCCGGACCCUCUCCCGGACCCUCUCCCCACACCAGCCUCCCAUGCCGAGGUCUGCCUUGUCAGUCAUUUCCUUUUGUCACCGGCUUGGCAAACAGGCGAG